UGGUUAGCUUUGAAGGAAACAGAUGUCUACUGUAUAUGACACAUAAUUCAGUCUCUCACUAGCAUUCAUUCUCAGCUCCUCCAUCUCAACUGCUACCACAUGCACGUGGCGGUUCAGUAUUAGCCUUUAUUCUCUAUUCAAUGGGCUCCGAUUGGCAGGCCUUAUAAAGUACAGACGUUGAUUCUAAGAAAAGCAAUUAAGUUGCCGUGUUUAGUUACGUACGUAAUGAUUCCUCCUGUACAUACGUGCUGUAAAAAUGCAGCAUAACAUCAGAUUCUGGACUGGAUGAAAAACUAUCCGCUCUGCACCGAGCGGUCUGACAAUAAAAAAACACAACAUAACAUAUCUCCUGCACCAAAGCCGGACAAUUCAUCACCAUCUCAAGUCAUGUUCCCACAAAGCUUUUCACAUGGUGCAAGUGACAGAGAUGCUGUUGGUCACUGUGGGUAUAUUGUACAUGUAGUUAUAUGUUGGCUUUGCUUUUGUUUUCUCUGUUGUGUUUUCAACUUUCAACUCAAAUUGUUUUGGUUUGGAAGUUUUAUACUGUGAACGAGUUGUGAGGUACUUUUAUAAGCCAUUAAACCACAUUUCUGCCACUGUAGUGUUCCCCGGUUCUCUUGCUGUCCAUGCAGUCUAGCAUUUGCUAUUUGUACUUAAAGUCCCAAUCAGGAAUAGAAUGGAUUCAAUCACCAAUAGAUUCAUUAUAUAUUUCAGAGCAUUUUUGGUAAUCUGUGGUGGUUUUGUCAUUUGUAGGAUAAGUGCAUGUAAAUAUUUUUACAUUACAGAUGUGUAAUUAAAUAGUAUUUUUGCCCAGCAGGACCUAAGAGAUCUGAUUAGUAGUAUUUUAAACUCAGUAUUCAUUCAAAGCCAUGAAGCUGUUUCAGCUAUUCCCUACUGGUGCUUUAAGUCAUGCCAAAAAUUAGCAAACACUGCUUAUUAUAAAAGUGCCCACAGCUCGAAAGUGUUAAGUUCCAAAGAAAUGAAUGUUCAAUUGUGUCCUGACUGAAUUAUUGGCAAGAAUCUUUUUCGUUCUCCUUUGUUUUAUAUAUCGGCCCUUUUUUCUGGUCAGUAUGACUUUGAAUCCUUGGUUUCUUGGUGCCUUUGUUUUCCGUCUUGGUGUGUUGCUAAUCCCGCAGUGUUGUCUGUGGCUGUUCCUAUCGCUCUACCUCCUGCUCAUUAGAUACUUUAACACCAGAGGGGCUCGCUCCACCACACAGUGGUAGAAGCAGCGUGGCGUCUGUGGACAGGGAAGAGGAGAGUUUGAACGGGGACAUGGCUGGGUCUGUUGGUCCACAGCAGUCACCCAUGUCCCCACAAGCAUCACAAGCUGCUCUGGCUGAUGGUUUAGGGUCAGAGGUGCUGAGCAUUGAAAGCCAGUUGAAGAUGAGUCCUUCGGAGGAGAUGGUUGGAAAACACAGUCCCAGUGGUUUUCAAGAUGAGAGAGAGGAAGAGGAAGUUGAGAAGCAAAGUAAAGAGGAAAAGAGCAAAGCUUUAAUAUCUGAUUCUGAGGAAGAGUUAGUGGAGAGUCCUGCCACACCCAAGAUUCAUUCAAACAUAGAUCAACAGGAGGAGCAAGAAAGAGAUGUAGAGGAAGAAGAAGUACAAGAGGAAUCAGAAGUAGUUCCUCCAGUCCACAGCACUGGUAUCUCAGAUGCGUCGCCACAGAAAGAUGAAGACUUUGUCAUUAAGCCCUGUGAAACUCUAUUCCAACCACAGAUGACUCCUGAUGAAGCAAAGAAACGAGGCCUGUCAUUUGACUACACCGAAUCCGAGCUUGUUCAGCAGGGAACCCCUGACCGCUGGGAAAAUGGCUCUGACAAGACUCCUCCAGAGAGCAAAAGUCCCGACUCCUGCAGGGCUGACCCUGGUUCCCCUUUCUCCCCUAGUACUGCUCCUGAUCAAACCCAGGAUUCACUGCUCUCUGACCACCAGAUUGAAGCCCAAGAUUAUGAAGCCGUGGAAGAACAGGACCUAGAAGUGAUCAGUAUUCCUACAGCUCAGCAGGAGAUCAUAGUACCCAAGAUGGAGUCAGCAGCAGACACCCAACUUGAGGAUUCUAAAGAGGACAAACCAGAGAAGUAUCUGGACACAACUGAUGAAGAUCUCAUUGCUACUGUUGAAGCCACACAGAGUGCUGAGCCUGUUGCCCAACCAGAAGAAACAGCAGCAACUGUUGCUGAAUUUGAAGUUGAUGCUGUUGAAUCAAGUCCUCCAGAGCCAAUUAAAGCAGCACCAAAAAAAACAGUACCCGUUAAAGAUGCUGCCAUUAAAAAAGCAAAGAAGCCUAUUACUACAGCCACGGCAACCCCUGCCCCAAAAUCCACCCCAAAACUCGAGAAAGUCCCCUCAAAAGAUGCUGCGCCGGUGCGAAAAUCAAGCGCCCCAUCCAAAGCCAAGUCCGGAGCAGCAGCAGCUGAUAAAAAGACCCCUUCCACAUCCAAAGCAGACAAAGCUAGACUCACCUCCACCAAAAAGCGAGCCUCAUCAAUCCCAGUACCCCCAUCUAAACAUACCUCCACCUCCGCUUCUCAGUCUGUCCCAGUUUGUGCCUCAGCCAGUGCCGCGUCUCUAAACUCUAAACCACACACUGUAGGAACCCAGGAGUCCAGAGCCACACCCGGCGAUGCUAAGACGAAGACUAAACCUCAGGGUAUUGGCACCAAAAUCCCUGUCGAACCUCCUAAGACUCCUGAUCGUAGCGGCUGCAGCAGCCCUGCCACCCCGAAAUCUCCGGCCAGUCGCUGCAGCACACCUGGACAGCAGGUGAAGAAGAUAGCUGUGGUGCGCACUCCACCCAAAUCCCCCGGCUCUCUCAGAUCUCGUGCCCCGAUCGCCCCUGUCGCACCCAUGCCUGAUCUGAAGAAUGUCAAAUCCAAGAUCGGUUCCACUGAGAACAUCAAACACCAGCCUGGGGGUGGUAAGGUUCAAAUUGUGCACAAAAAGUUGGAUCUGAGCAACGUGCAGGCAAAGUGCGGCUCGAAGGCUAACAUUCACCAUAAACCAGGUGGCGGAAACAUCGAGAUUAAAUCAGAGAAGCUGGAGUUUAAAGCUCAGUCGAAAGUGGGAUCUCUGGAGAACAUUGGCCACGUGGCCGGAGGCGGGGCCAAGAAGAUUGAGUCUCAUAAGCUGAUGUUCCGCGAGCAGGCGAAAGCUCGCACUGACCACGGCGCGGACAUCGUGGUUAAAUCCCCCUGCAUGUCUGGAGAGGGUUCACCCCGCCCUCUCAGCAAAGUCUCCUCCUCCGGCAGCAUCAACAUGAGCGAAUCUCCGCAGCUCUCUACACUCGCAGACCAGGUGACCGCCUCACUCGCUAAACAGGGCCUGUGAGUCCACUUCCUGCUGCGGCUCCCUCGAUCACCUCCACACCAAGAAACACAAGGCUGUAACCUGUCAAUUAAAAAAACCUCAUAAAAAAAUAAAAAAAAUCGAGCAUAUCACCUCAGUCUGUUUAAAAAAAAAAAAAAAAAAAAAAAAAAAAAGGUGCUUGCUGGAUUUCUUCAUGAAUUUUGGUUCUUGAUUACAAGGGACUGAUUAUUGAUAACGUUAUUGUCCUGUUCUGUCUGAUUAAUUGGACUCGUACGCUGCUGUAUUGAUUUGUUUAAUCAGUCACAGCACGUAGAAGCCCAUCUACAAUGCUAGAAAGUCCACUUUAUACCAUACGCCGACUUUUCCGUCUCUCUCUCUCUCUCUCUGCUUAGUUGCCUUAUUGUGAAAGCUUCCCUCUCAUCUGCCUUUAUUAAUUCAGUUCACUUAGACUAGUACGGAUUUGUAUUUGUUUUUUUUUUAAAUAUUUUAAUAAAUACUACCUGAAAUUGGACUGUGAGGGAGACAACAAGCCAAAACGAGUUAGCAGGAAUCAUUGAGACCGUAUUUAACUCUGAAUUUUUCAAGAUCGAUGUAACAGUUUUUUGGCAUACUGACAAUUACCCAGCAUUAUCAUGCUGUCAGACUACACAAACUACACACACACUCUCAGAUCAGCUCAGCGUUUUAUAAGGCUGAAGCUUUGCAAUUAAACAGGACCGUUGUUAGGGUUUAGAUUAGUUAUUAUAAUAUGCUAAUUUCACAGUGGAUCGACUAGUGUAAAUUUAUAAGCUAACAAGGUGUGAAGAAACAGGAAAUUUGUACUGAGGUCAAAGUGCUCAAGGAUCACAAUCAAAUAAAUAAAUAAAUAAAUAAAUAGUUGUGUAUCUUUUCAUAUCGUAGGCUGACUAGCGGUAUCACAAAAGCCAUUACCAUGAUAGCAGACCUGCCAAACUUUACAGCUUAGGAGCUCUACGUGCCAUCACUCUGAUAAAAGAUGCUAAAAAACUCUUCUUUCUUUUCUCCAAACGGCAGAACAAAUGGACAUGUGAAUCUGGAAUGAUUGACAGUUUAUGUGUAUGUGUUUAAGUCACUGAUAACCCCGCCUCCUUCCUCAACGUCACAGUAACGAGUCAGGACACAAAGAGAAAGCUUUUUUUCAGUCUUCUGUUUCACUGCAAAGAAUCUUAGCAAGUGCAGAUAUCUCGAAUGUAGACGAGUGUGUGCAAUAUUUUAUAUAAUAAUUAUUAUAAAUCAGAUUAUUUCAUCCUGUUUUUAGACGGGCAUUUACAUGCAUUACUAUAUACAUUUAUAACAUAUAAAUAAAGUUAAGGGGCACGGUGGCUUAGUGGUUAGCCCGUUCUCCUCACACCUCCAGGGUUGGGGGUUCGAUUCCCGCCUCCACCUUGUGUGUGUGGAGUUUGCAUGUUCUCCCCGUGCCUCGGGGGUUUCCUCCGGGUACUCCGGUUUCCUCCCCCGGUCCAAAGACAUGCAUGGUAGGUUGAUUGGCAUCUCUGGAAAAUUGUCCGUAGUGUGUGAUUGCGUGAGUGAAUGAGUGUGUGUGUGUGUGCCGUGCGAUGGGUUGGCACUCCGUCCAGGGUGUAUCCUGCCUUGAUGCCCGAUGACGCCUGAGAUAGGCACAGGCUCCCCGUGACCCGAGGCAGUUCGGAUAAGCGGUAGAAGAUGAAUGAAUGAAUAAAUAAAAUUAAAAAUUAUGUUUGCCAAUAUAAAUAUAUUAACAUAUAUACACAUUUAUUUGAUUUAUCUAUAUUGGAGAUAUUUUCACUUGCUGACUCGACACUUCUGCAGUGUACAGUUGAGCUGAACAUAAAACACUUAACACAUUAAAAGAAAGAGUUUCAUAGUACCUCACUGGAAACAUCCUGCUUCUGUUCAAGGACCUGACGAGUAAAACAGAAGACUAGACGUUUCUUCUACAGGGUUCGGGUCUGUGAUAAAGGGUCUGCGCUUUCUGUAGAGUUUAUACACUCGUUAGAAUUAAGUAGGGGGAAAAAUGAAUACGAUUCUGAGUGUGUGAAUCUUUACUGUGUAAUUUGCUUGUCUUCAGCCUCAAAUGAGCAUCUGUGCAUUCUGCUGUACUGUAACGUAACACACACACACACACACACACACAGCUUAAUACUAAAUAUGUUAUAAUCAGUAACCCAUUACGAUUAAUCAGAAACUAAUCACAGUACUGUGCUGAGUAACAUCCACGUCCUGAACAUUAGUGCUGAGCCUUGCGCUGCUGGUGAGCUGCUCUAAUAAACACAUUCCUCAUUGUGUGUGUAUAAAUAUGACAAAUAACACCUGAGUAGAUCACAAUUCAUGUGAUUAUUAACAAAACACAUCUUUAAUCCUCUCGAAAUUUGAAGCUCAAGCCUUAGAGAACAUACUGGCCAAUAGUUUCCUCUUUCCUGCUGGUUUUGGUGUCUGCAGAUUGCUAAUGUAGCUAACAAGUAAUGAGUAAUGGAAGCUUGUAGCCACCAUCUAAAAAAUAAACCAUCACACACAAGUCAUCUAAAGACACGGUUUCCAACAGUGUAACCCACUCUGAGUACAGCGCUGUCAACCCUCCAACCUGAGCUCACACGUCUGUACUGUAUCACAGAGCCAAAUGAAGUGGGAUUUAUUCAGACAAACAGGUGGCUGGAGGUUUCUUCUUGUAGCUCCAGCAGUUACCUUCAAACACCAAACUUGUCCUAACUGAUCGGUGACAUUGACAACUCCAUAGGUGACAGCGAAGAGAAUAAACACACAGAGACGACAUGAGAAUAAAGACUAAACAGCAAUGAGAGGAUUUACAGGAUGUUCAGAGCCCUGGCUACACUAGCCCUGACAGCAGCACGUUUUCACUUAAAUAUUCCUACAAACACACGCCUCGUUAUCCGCCUUCACAUGUCCGGUUUCACCAUGUCCGAGAACACGCUAGAGUAACGUAACAAUUCUUAAUAAAUAAUCAGUAGUGAUAAAGAUAAUGACGUGUGAGUGAGAGUAAAAAAAAAUAAAAAAGUGCCUCCCUUUUCCUCGCUCACUAAAACUCUGAUCGAUGUAAAUAGUGACGGCUGAGGAUUUGAUUUAGGGAAAGAAAACGCAACAGAAAACAUGCAGCGCUGCUAUAAACCUGUUCUAAAUGAUGCCUUGAUUAAAGACAAAUCUGCUACAACUCAUCACCUGCAGUCUAACUCAACCCACCGAACUCCUCUUCACACGAAAACAACCUGAGAACAAAAGAAAAUCAUGCAAAAAUCCAAAAACGAAGCAUUUAAUAGCGUUCCUGUAGACGUGAGCCGUGUUAGAGAUGAACAACAUCUUUACUGUUUUUAUUUCCUGAUAUUUAUUACCUUUUUUAUAUCUUCACUGCACCUCGACCUUUUCUUUAAAAAAGUUUAAAAAAAAAAGUCAAACUAAUCAUUCGACGUUACCGCGAGUCGCUUCUUCUUUCCCUCUUGACGGUUCACACGGUUAAAGUGACCGGAAAUGGAGGUUUGAUGUUUUGAGAUUAAAUGUGACCGAUAAACCGGAGGCUUAAAUUCUUCUGUCAUGUGGUUGCUGUUAUCCUGUAGCUCGAGCUUAAAAGAAAUAAAUAAAAAAAUAUAUAUAAAUAAAUAAGAAGCAAACCUGAGAUACUGAACAUGUCUUCAAAGCUCUGCGUAUUUUAUGUAUGAGCACUAAAAUAAAAAAUCUUAUAAAGGGAAAAACUUAUCUUGCUUUUAGAACGAUUGAUGGUGCCAACGAGUCCUCAGAUCACCUGAGGAACUGAGUGAAAAAAGCCAAAAAUGAUCAUCUCUUUAGGCUUGAAACAUUUUAAUUGCUUGUGUUUUGUGGAGAGAAUCGUUAAAGCCCAAAAUCUUAGAAGCAGAGAUAAUUCUGUAGGCCGUCUGAAUCACCUGCUCCUUAUUAUUAUUAUUAAAAUGUGGUUAUGAAGAAAGAGUGUUUAUAUCUACACAUGACGUGUAAAGCAGGCUGCUGGAUUUGGUUGUGUGAACUCGACACAGAACAGUCUCUCUCUCUCUCUGUCUCUCAGUCCCUCUCUCUGUCUCUCCCUCUCUCUGUCUCUCCCUCUCACUGUCUCUCCCUCUCUCUAUGUCUCUCUCUCUCUGUCUCUCAGUCUCUAUCACUGUCCCUCUCUCUUACUGUCUCUCCCUCUCUCUCAGUCUCUCUCACUGUCUCUCAGACUCUCUGUCUCUCUCUUGCGCUCUCUCUCUCUCUCUCCCUCUCUGUCUCUCAGUCCCUCUCACUGUCUCUCCCUCUGUCUCUCCCUCUUUCACUGUCUCUCCAUCUCUCUCUUCAUCUCUCUGUUUCUCCAUCUCUCACUGUCUCUCUCACUAUCUCUCCAUCUCUCGGUCUCGCUCCCUGUCUCUAUCUCUCCCUCUCUCCCACUCAUUCUCUCUCUCUGAAGCUGUGAUGCGGUUUUCCAGUCCACUCUGAACUUAACAGUUGUGAUUGUCUUUACUGUACUUGUGUGUUUUAUCAGUUUCUUUACACUCACUCUCGCUGCUGUGAACCUGAAUUUGGAAAUAAAGUCGGUAUUAAACCCC